CAGCAACAACAACAGCAGCAAAUGAGUCCAGUAGAAAGACCAUUUUCUCCUCCUCCUACACCUGCUUCAGUCAGUUCAAUGUUUUCAACUUCAUCUCAACAAUCGUCACAGCAUCAAGGUUCAAGGUUCUUGCAAAAAUAUGACAUUAGUCGCCAAACACAAUCGCACAAUGGCGCUAUACCUUCUCGAGGCACACCUCCUUUAUCCCGAGAGAAUACCCGGACUAAUACAUCAAAUGGCUUCCCAUUUUCUCAGAAUGCAUCACCUACUUCCUCUCAAACUCUUCCACAACAGCGCUCUACUUCUCAACGUUCGUUGUCUACAGAGACUAGCUCUGUUCCAAGCAUACCUACAAGCACUAUGAGUAGCAUAAGCAGUAGCACAAAUAACAGUGGCAAGUCUAUUAAAUUGCCUAAUUUUCGUUUGCGACAAGGUCCAUCGUAUGGCAGUGAUACAGAAAUGACUGUGUCGUCCUCAACCUCUUCAAAGCUCACUUCUAACUCUAAAUCAAGUUCCUCGUUCUGGAAAGGAUCUAGUUCAUCAACAAAAAAAUCACCUCAUAUGUCAGAGAGUAAAUCUACCAAGUCUGAAGGAAGUGGCCGAAUCCCUUUUAUUUACUAGUUAAUAAUGAUAAUAA